AAUAAGUAAUGGAAUAACUCCUGAAUUAGCGAAAAGUGAGCGCAUCGUCAGUGGGACACAAGUUGGGACACAACCCACUCCAGCAUCUCUUAUACCAAUAUAUUCAUACUCUUUUGGAAUCUCAGUUUCUUGGGAUUCAUUGGUGUGAUCGGUGGCAGCGGUAGACUAUAUUUGCCUCAUUCUAGUGUUCAGUGAUUCGCUUCACUCUUACAUUCAUUCAUUUAUUGUGCGAACAAAUCCAUACAACAAGUGACCAAAAAUGGAGGCAAUCAAGAAGAAGAUGCAGGCAAUGAAGUUGGAGAAGGAUAAUGCGGUGGACAGGGCUGAUACCGCAGAACAGGGCGCCCGAGACGCCAACCUCCGGGCCGAGAAGUCGGAAGAGGAAGUGCGAGCCCUGCAGAAGAAGAUCCAGCAAAUCGAGAAUGAGUUGGAUCAGGUGCAGGAACAGUUGGCUCAGGCCAACAACAAACUCGAAGAGAAAGAGAAGGGUCUCCAAACCCCGUAUUUGGUGCGAAUGGAGAGCAGCAUCGGUGCCAACAAUGCUAACUGUGCUCUCAGUCUCAGGGCUAUCACAUCAUAG